UUUGGAAGUAAGAAAGUUAAACUACUUAAUGGAGCGACAAUUGACAUUCCUGAAAAUGUUUUUCUUUAUUGACAAGGCAAAGACAAGGGUUCUUCUCUCAUAUUUGUGACAAUCAAAAUUGAUAGCAUUUGUUCCCUCACCUAAUUUCUUCCUUUUAGAAUAAUUUGUAGCAUUUGUUCCCUCAGAGAAAAAUCAAAAAAGGACCCAAAUACUUUAAUCUAAAAGAUAGCAAAUCAUGAACCACUAGUACUAUACAAGAACAGCCACCACCAUUAUUGACUGAACUUUGGUAUGAAAAUUGAUGGGGAGCUUUACCAUUCCUCCAAAUGAUUUACUGCCGAUUGGUUUCCGAUUUCGUCCCACGGAGGAGGAGCUGAUUACUCAUUACCUCAGGAACAAGAUUCUUGGCCGUCAAUCUCUUGUUCAAUAUAUCCCUCAGAUUGAUCUCUUCAACUACGAUCCUUGGGAUCUCCGUAAGUUUUCCCUUCUCGAGUCCGAUAAUUAUGAGUGGUUUUUCUUCCGAUCCCUCACCUCCAAAACUAAAAGGACUACCAGUUCUGGGUGCUGGAGAUCCACCGGCGAUGAUAAACGCAUCAUGGCUCGAGGAACCAACAACGUCAUCGCCACUCGAAAAAUUUUAGUGUUCUAUCGAGGCCGGGGUAAGGAUGCUGAAAAAACCAAAUGGGUCAUUCAUGAAUAUUACCUUCAGCAAGAUACUAAUGGCAUCUCGUCAUCCCAGUUGCCGUUCGUCGUUUGUCGAUUGAAAGAAAAUGAAGAAGAGUUUAGAUCAGAUGAUCAACGAAAGAAGCGCAAAAAGAGACAAAUCCGUUGGAAUGUAGACAACGAUCAACCCGCUUCGGAAGAUUUUCCAAAUACACAUCAACCAACACAGCCUCCAAAUUAUUUUGAAAAUGAAGGUAGUCUCAUUGAGUUUGUAAACUCGAUGUUUGAUCCAGACAAAUGCCUCGAUGAUGCGAGCUCGAAGAUGUGCAAGACCACUCCAUGGUGUUCCGAAUCAGAACCAAGAGAACAAGGUUCAAUGAACAUUAUUCAACAUUGCAGUGACAGCAAUAGUGAAGUAAAUAACCAAUUAUUACAGCCUGAAUCUUCAAUGGCUAGUGAACUUAAUUCCUAUAAGCUUAAUUUGUUGUUGAAUGAAAUGCUUGACAACGAUGAAACCUUUGAUGAGGUGACAGCAAACAACCGCACUGAUAAUUACAGCAAAGAGGAAUUAGAAAGCAUGGUUCAUGAACUAAUUCAAGCUGGUGAUACGACUUUCAGCAUCUCGGACUUUGGUGAAGGACCGAGGACGAUAAUUCAAAAGUCGCGUAGAAAACCCCUUAUGGCAAAGCAUUCUCAAUACAAAGAGGAAAAGGAUGAGUUGGAAGACAAUUCUUGUGGACAAACUUUAAAAGUUCAACGUCAACCGAAGUCCGACAGCAUUGUAUCCCAUAGAGAUGAACCAAAAAGAGACCAAUUGAGGAGGGAAAUUCGAUGUAAAAUAAUGCAACAACACAAGGCUGAAGAAGAUGAGAAACAUAUAUCAGGGACAUAUUCUAAUGAGAGUCCAAGAAAUUGCUUUUGGUAUAUUUUAACUACAAAAAGGAUUCACCACAAGUCGAGUGAUCAACCAAUAGACUAUGUUGCUAAAGUGCUUUUAGGAUUCAUAAUGUUAAUAAUGCUUGUUCUAACUAGUUUUUGAAAUUUUUAGAAAUUGGGAGAGGAAAUUAGUUACCUCUUGCCUAAAUCUGAGGAUUGAUUGUAGAAAGUGAGAAAGGGGAAGACUUAUAAUCAGCCAUUGUCGAACAUCUACGUUGUAUAACUUCGAAGGAUACUAUACGGGGUAUCGUUGUAUGUAUUAUAUUUAAUUAUUUACAAACAGUUUAGAUAAGUCUAUAUAAACUCUCUAAUUUAGAGAUCUAUUAUAAAAUUGUUCCAAUUA